CGCCGCCGCCGCCGCCGCCGCCCCGCUCCGCCGCCGCCGCACACCACCCCGGUGAAACACGAAAUAAUCCACAUAAAUAAGACUUUGAUUGGUGUUGUGUGUGAGUGUGUGUAGUGAGUGAGCGGGAGAUGUCGUGCUUCGGAGCCAGCUGUGUGCUGAUCCCCGACUAGUGAAGUGAAGUGAUGAUGUGACUGCCGCCGGCCACGCGCCACCGUCACCAUGCUGCCCACUAAUGUCAUGUCCUUUAUGAAAAAGAUGGUGGCGACCGAGGAGUCGGCGGGCGCGGCGCCGGGGCAGGCGGACAGCCCGGGCACGUUCGGCAAGCUGCGCCAGACGCUCUCCUCCUCGCUGCUCACCGCGCAGGACAAAGUAACAAAGCUGGGUCCGCGCGGCACCCCCGAGAUCCCCGCGGAGCCCGCGCCCACGCCGCCGCCCGCGCAGCCGCCGCCCGCGCCCACAGCCAAGACGGAACGAGAGGCGGGCAAGGCGCCGUCGCGCGCGGGCGCGUGCCGCGUGUGCCUCAAGGCGCUGAAGCCGGGCGAGGUCACGCACACGUGCAACGGCUGCCAGCACCGCGUGUGCGAGGACUGCUCCUCCUACUCCAAGCCCACCAGUGACGAUGAGUCGAACUCCUGGCGCUGCUCAGUGUGCCGGCGCAAGGCCGCACCGCGUCUGCCGCCCGCCGCCCAAGACAGCACGGACUCUCUUCUCGACGUGCCAGUACUGGACUCGCUUCAGCGGCGGCACUCCGAGGCACGGCUGGGAGGGGGCAGCUCCAGCACCGCCCUGGCGCCGCCGCGGUCUCCGGAGCUGAGAAGACACUCGGACGUCUCGCCCGCGUCGUUGAAAGAGCUUGAGAAGUUAAAGGGCGGCGGGUCGAAGACGCCCGAGACGGGGGAGUCGCGGCGGCCCAGCGCGGCCGUGGUGUCGCCCGUGCGCCGCCGCUCCAUGCGCAUGCCGCGGCAGAGGUCCUGUGAUGAAGACAAGCCUGAUGCCCCGCCGGCCGCCGGGCUGGGCGCUCCGGCUAUUUCUAGAAGGGCGUCAGCAGUGGACGUGCUGGGAGGCGGCGGCGGCGGGUCGCGGCGGCCGUCGUACCGCGCGCCCGAUGACGCCGCCGACGCCGCGCCGCAGAUAGCCGGCCUCAGCGUGGACGAGGACCGCCCCAUACGACGCAGGGGUAGCCAACUGCCAGACAUAGCAGCCUUGCAGCAGCGGACGAGCGCGCUGGGAGCCAUGUCCGGGCUGGCGCCGCGCGGGUCGGACGCGUCAUCAGAGCCGUCAGCCGCCUCCAUCGCCGCCGCGCGACAGAUGUCCGUGGACGCUGAGGCCAUCAAGAUCGUCAUACAUGAUGUGGACGACCGCAACCCCAGGCGGGUCACGCUGCGACGCGACCCUAAUGAUAAGGGACAUCGAUCUCGCGGGUUUGGUAUGCGCGUGGUGGGAGGCAAGCCAGACGCCUCUGGGCGUCGCGAGGCAGUCAUCGUGUGGACUGUCCCUGGUGGUCCCGCGGACUUGGCUGGGCUACAGCAGGGAGAUAAAGUGCUCGAGUGGGCCGGCGUGCCUCUAACAGACCGCAGCUUCGAGGAGGUGUGCGCGGUGGUGGAGCACAGCGUGGAGAGCCGCGGGGACAGUGUCGAGCUGCUGGUGUGCUCGCCGCCGCCCGAGGACCACGCGCCGCCGCCCGGCCAGCACCCGCCCUCGCUGCUGUUCGAACCGGAAACCGACAAAUCACCAUCGUCGCCGACUCGACGGAAAUUGCCGAAAACCCCGGAGCAGGACCGGCUGGAGCGGCUGGCGCGCGAGCGGCCGGCGGCGCGCGCGCAGCUGCAGGUGUGGUUCGAGGGCGAGCUGCGCAAGCUGGUGGUGGUGCUGAUCGCCGCCGACGACCUGCCGCCGCGCGACCACACGCUCGGCUACGGCGACGAGCCGGAGGCCUUCGCUAGGAUACGCCUGCUGCCCUCGCUUGAGAGCUGCCCCCCCGUGGAGACGGACCCGGCGUCGGCGUCGUGCAGCCCGGUGUGGAACGCCACGCUCGGCUUCGGCGGGCUCACGGCCGACCUCAUCGCGGGCCGCGCGCUCGAGCUCACGCUGUGGGACGCCUGCCCCGGCAUCGACCCCGUGCUCAUCGGGGAGUGCACGAUGGAAAUCGAGAAGGCAUUCGCAGAAGAACGCGCGGUGUGGUGGACUCUCGAGGAACGUGGAGGUACGCGCUCAGCCAACGCUUCCCCGCGUGGUUCGUUGACUGGAGCCAGAGCCUUACGACGAGGUGACUUUGCGUCGCAGCGUUCUGUCUCCGAUGACGUAGACUCGAUCGGCGAGUGCGCGUCGCUGCUGCACCCGGACCACGCGUGGGUGGGCGGCUCGCGGCGCGGCUCCAGCCAGUCCGAGACGCUGGAGGUGGAGGUCUACCAGCUGGGCAAGGACUUCUCGCGCUCGCUGCCCGGCUCCCGCCGCUCCUCCUUCCAGCAAGCGGAAAAAGAGCUGGCGGCGGCGGAGGCGGCGUCGCGGCGCACGGAGCGGCGGCGGUCGUCGUGCGCACGCCGGGACCCGGACGACAUCCUGCGCAGCCUGCGCGCCGUGAAGGGCGAGCUGGGCCGCACGCUCUCGCUCUCCGGCUCCACCGCGCGCCGCACGGCGACGGGGCGCAAGGGCAGCAUGUGGGCGGCGGUGCCGGCGGCGGCGGCGGCGGCGGCGGCGGGCGACGCGGACGACGCCGAGGUGGCGCUGGGCCCGGGGCAGCUGCCGCCGCGGCACGCGCACCUGCCGCCGCUGCACGCCGAGAUCAACAUCAGCAUCAUCAUGAUCAAGGGACAACUCGAGCUCGAGGUGUCGCACGCGCGGCGCGUGUACGGCGUGAACGGCGAGGUGCCCGACUCGUACGUGAAGUGCUACCUGCGCGACGGCGACAAGUGGCUGCACAAGCGCAAGACGCGCAUCGUGCGCCGCACCACCGAGCCCAAGUUCAAGCAGACCCUCAAGUACCAGGCCAGCGAAGCGCUCGGGCGCACGCUGGUGGUGAUGCUGUGGCAGCGCUGCGGCGGCUUCGAGCACAACCUGGCGCUGGGCGGCGCCGAGAUCUGCCUCGACAAGCUCACCCUCCCGCAGCGCACCUACGGCUGGUACCCGCUGUUCGCCGCCACCUCGCUCUCCGCCGCCGACGAGUCGCCCGACUGAUCACGCGAGCCGUCGCCCGACCGGCUUGAAGACCGCUAGCGGACGACGGCUUUCCAAACCCGCCCAACAACACUAGUGCAGGCUCAUUCAAACUUUACGAAUACGAUAUGUUCGAACGCUGCCGUUUCAUCGCCAGCUUUAUAAUAUAAAUAUCGAGAUUAUCAUGACACCGACCUUCUUAUUCGUAAAACGAGAGUCUGCCUGCCUCUCUAUCGUCAUCGCAACUGUAAAUACAUCCAAGAAAAGUAUUGAUCCGGAAAGAUUUGUACAGGGGCUGGACCCGAUGUGACACCAUCAUUUAGAAAGUAGUUUCAUGACAAGGAGCUUAAAGAGGUUGCGUCUCUUUUUAAUUUAAUUAAAUGUAUUUGUAGCGAAUUUUAUAUAUCCCGUGUAACCUACAUUGUAAUCGUAUAUCUGGAAACCCACUUUAGCUAGUUUUUCAUAUAGUUUAAAACUUCUACACAGCAUGAUGUGUGAAAUAAUACUAUGUAUAUCAAGCCACCGAACUUAUACACAAAAUAUGAACUAAGUACCCUUUAAUAGGGUUUGGUGUCCCUAAGCCUCUCAUAAACAUCCGCAUGUUACGUAAUACGAAAAUAGAUAUGAUUUAACUUGUCGAACUAUCAAGUAUUUUUUGAGUAUACUCAAUACCACUGCCGAAAACUACGAGCUGUCAUAACACUAAAAACAAAUAAGAAAUCCUUGACACCGUCGUAUUGGCCCGUGGCACGUAACAUGUACCACCACUAGGUAUACAUUUUCACAUACUGUAUAGUUGUAUUGUAUACCUUUCAGAAUAUCUUCUAGAAAAUAUGUAAUUGUUUUCUUGUUGUAUGUAUAAAAUAUUUAUUUAUUUUAAUCGUAGCAUACUCGGAUUUGUUUGAUAUUCUAGUUGCUCAUAACAUUACGCCAA